AUGACGCUUCUGCAAUCCAAUGAAUUUAAAUUUCCACGUGAUUUUCUUUGUGUCCAUUUGGAUGAUACCUGGCAGGUGGCGAGCAGAGACUUCCUGGAACCCGAAGGCGUGGCAGCGCUGGUCAGGGCAGUCCUUCGGUCUCUUCAUGCGCCAAAGCGGGUCGAUGGGAAAUGGGGGCUGUCCAAGACUGUUCAUUUGGUACCUGAGAACCUAGUGACCUUUUGGUCUGGACAUUCCCCGCGACAUGUACUUCCUUCGCUCGCGGCAGCAGUGGGCGUGCCGGAAGAGCGCAUCAACUUUCUAGGACGCUGGGCGGUUGCCAGGUCUGCAUCCUCCACAUACAUCUUGACCAGCAGGCAGGUGGUUCAUCAGAUCCAGGCCCAAAUUUGCCGGGCCCUGCUUGAGGGCGAGCCCGCACCUGGCCUAGUGGAGGAGGAGCUUUUCCAGCAGAUGCAGCAGCGCGUGGCAUCCAAAGGGGGCGAUGGUUCACAGGCGGCCGUGGGGCAUCAGGUGCUAUCGUGGAGCACCCAGUCUUCCAGUUGGUUCUUGCGUUCAAAGUUCCCGGCAAUUUCGGUCGACCCCGCCGCCUUAAAGCAGGCGUUGGACACUUCGCCUACGCUUGAGGUGCCUGAUGGCGAGGUCGCCGACGAGGCACCGUACUUUGUCACAGUGAGCCGGAGUGGUUUCCGUAGGCUGCAUGUGAGCAAGGCCUGCAGUGCAUGGGAGGCAUGUCAGCAGUUCGCUGUCAAAGAACAGGAGCUAAAGGCAGAGGCCCGUGUUCUCGGGGUUCCGAGGCCUGUCACCCAAACUGACAGGGCAGCCGUGCGAGCCUCUUAUAUUGCCGCGCACGGAAACAUUGAGGACUCCCUGGAACCAUCAGAUGAUUAUCUUUCGGCAAAGGCAGAAGAGCUUGAGUCCCACGAGCCCACUGCGUCACCACUCAACGAAGUUACCUCAAAACGUAGUGCCAGGACCCUUGGCAUUCAAACUUCCAUUGACGCUGGGGGCCAGAUCCGAAUCGUCAGGAACAAGCAGAAGGGCCAAUAUGUGGUGUUUCUUGGCGUUAAUUUCUUGUUGGGCGAGAAAUGCUACUUGAUGAAGAUCCAUGGUGGCAAAGGCAAUGAGGCCACGCCAUUACGUCCCCCUUGGCACAUCCUCAUCAACUACGAGCACGAGCUGCGACGUGAGGCAGUAAAGCGGGCCCACACUGAGAACAAGCCUCUGAAGGAUACAUUGGCGGAAGUCUGCAAGGAUUCUGAGCUCAAGGAACGAUUCUUCACCAGCCCCAUUGCGCUGCAGCCAAGGGCCCUGGAGAUGGGUAACAAGCGUGCCUGGGACACAAAAGGCUCGCCCUGGUUCAAGGGCAAAGGCAAAGGUUGGCAGGAUGUUCCAGUUCCUGACCCAUCUUGGAAGUGGCUCCGCAAAGAUGGCAAAGGCAAGCAGCAGAAAGGCAGGGGUAACAAAGGCAAGGCGACGGCCUCCAAGAGUGGUCACAGCCUUACGGACCGCACCCCAGACGGGCGCGAGAUUUGUUUCGCGUUCAAUGCUCAGGGCUGUGAUGGCUCCUGCGGCCGUGUACACGUGUGCCGUGUGAAAGGAUGCAACGCGGCGCAUGCAAUGUGGCAGCACUUCCAGAAGCUGUCCAUCAGUGCGGAUGGAAGGGAUGCCCCGGCCUCGGCCAACUGA